UUUUCCUCUGCUUCCGUUUUACACAAACUCUCUUUAUUUGCCCCAUUUACCCAAAAUGCCUGUUGCUGAAAUUCGCCUCGCCGCCGACCGUGUGCUGGACUCGGCCGAGUUCAUCAACAGGACCAGCCAGGACGUCUCCGUGCCGCUCAACGGCGUCAAGGCUGCCGCGCAGAAGAUCAUGCAAAGGAUGCAGCAGAUCGGGUACUCGACGGCCGAGUGGAAGAAGAACACUCUGACGCCCAGCGUUGCUGACUCUGCAGCCAUAGAGUGGAUCUUUGUCGUGGAUAGCCUGAACUUUUCGUUCUGGACCGACAAGCCGCAGGCAAACCAGUACACAGUGUCACUUGACGGCCAGGCGUACCGCGGGUACUGGACAUUAUGCGCAGCAGUGAACCGGGCCAUGCGCGAGGGCAUCCCUAUCACCGAUGCAGCGUACUGUGCAGGCAUUACAAGAGAGCAAGUGUCGUACAUCUUCAGGACAGAUGAUACUGAAACUCAGGAGCCGAUUCCAAUGCUGGAUGAGCGUGUAAGUGUGCUGAACGAGGUUGGUCGGGUGCUGCUGGAAAAGUACCAGGGCAAAUUCUCUAAUGUUCUGCGGCAGGCACAGGGCUCGGCACAGCGCCUGGUGGAGAUGGUUGUGCGCGACUUUACAUGCUUCCGCGACGAGCACAUGUACAUGGAUAGGAUAGUGUGCAUUUACAAGCGCGCGCAGAUUCUGGUUGCCGACCUAUGGGCAUGCUUCGAGGGCAAGGGCCAGUGCCAGUUCGCGGAUAUCGAUAAUAUCACAAUGUUUGCUGACUACCGUGUCCCCCAGGCACUGUACCACUUUGGGGCUCUGAGCUAUUCGGAGCGGCUAUUCAACUACCUGGAGUGCAAACAGAACGGAGAACUGUUGGAGAGCGGCCAUCCGUGGGAGGUCGAGAUCAGGGGGAACAGCAUCUGGGCCGUCGAGCUCAUCCGGAGGCAGAUUACAGCGCUAGGCAUGCACGUUAAUGCGAUUUUGCUGGAUUUUUAUAUCUGGGACUACGCAAAGGAGUUUGCCGAUGAGAUGAAGGGCAUCCCGAUCCACCUCACUCGCAGUGUGUUUUACUAGGCCGUAGACAAAAUGUAUUAGAUGAUUUCAACCUUUCGACAUUCACCCAGCUUGGCUAUUACACUGUAUCUCGUAGUGCCAGGGAACACUGAG